AUGCGUUUGAUAACCGCGACGCGUUCCUACCUUCGAUCAUACUCGCUACUACCAACUCCUCCUCCCGACUUCCCGACUCCGCACCAAACUGCACUCGACCCUCACGCCCCAUCAAAUCUGCACAGCACAAACGAUCCGUUUUCUAACCCCCCACGCCGACAGGCUCUCCGUCCUUCUCAGACUACCGCCAUAUCCGCUCGCGUCGUUGGUCGAGUUGUGCCGGGUGUUAGGGUCGCGGAAGUUAUUGGCUUGAAGGGGGAUACGAGCAGUAGCGAAGUGUAA